AUGUUGACGAAAUACGGCAUGGGUCAGUCAAAGCAGCGAAUUGGUUUCAACAUAUCCUUGAUUUAUGGAUACACUUGCACGGUACUGGACAUUGUGGAUGUCGAAAUGUGUGUAAACAGGGGAGCUCUCCGUGAUUUUGUCCUAAAGUUUAUGUGCAAAGUAGCGGCUACCUGGCAGACGCAACCGCAAGCGAAAGCCAAGCACGCACUUCCUCAGACACCACUGUCACCAAAGUCUAAGGAGCAGAAAACUUUGUCAGCUCCCAGUGACCUUAACAUGAUUAUCGAAAGAGCAAUCCAAAAAGCGGAACCAGUUACGGUAAAAAGCAAUGUCAAGGUUUAUAUGGGAAAGGCCAAAAGUGGGGAUCAAGUUGCUUUCUUGGCGUUUAAACUUGAGGCCUUUGAAGCGGAUUUGAAAAGCAAAGGAAUGGAUACCCGUUUCCUGGCCGGCUGUGUUCCUGCACUUCGUCUGAUUUCCAACGCUGAAGUUUCCCACGAUGUACGUUUGGAUGGACGUAUUCUGAAGGCGUCAAUUGUCCCCCUAUCAUACGUUUCGAAAAGGGUUACGGAGUUGCUGGGACAAAUGGGUAUCUCGGGCACGGCCACUACCGGUCCAGACCAGUCAGACCCUACGAACGAAAAGCCUCCGGCCUCUGCUACUAAUCAGCAGAGCAAUCUUGUUGUGUCCAAUUCAACCAGCGCCAAUCCCGGAGGCAUGACUGAGUUGAGUAUCGGCACCAACAUCGCGCCGCCGAUUUCCGUUUCAGCCGACAACACCGGUGUGACGGAGCAGUGUUCAGCUGGUGGGCGUGUCCCACCGGGCGAACGGAUUGCAUCGCCGGAAACUACAAAGGACAGCAGCAUUUGUCGUCUCAGUAAGGAGCCGAAAUCUUUGGAGGACGAGUCUUCUGAUGAAGAGAUUGCUGAACCGGAAGGCAAAGCGAAAAAGCGCAAGCUUGCCAAUAAAGGAUCUGCCCCAGAAACACGAGCCAGUAAAUACAAAGUUCAAAUCGUUUCAAACGAUGAUGCCGCAAAGUGCGCUAAGUGUGGGCUUGCGCUGGAAAUGAAGGACCCAGGGAUCGCAUGCACGGCUUGCAAACUUGUGUUUCAUUUGAAGUGCGGAAACGUAAGGGGCAGGUUGACAGACGCAAAGGAGAGAGCGUUUAAGUGUCAGUCCUGCAAAUAG